GGGGCGCCCGCAGGCCUGGCUGCGGGAAGUGGGGCUCGGAUCUCCGACUCCGGGACCCGCGGCGGGAAGGCGGGGUCGCGGCCGAGGAAGUGCCUGGUGUCGUCCCGGAGCCCCACGGGCCGCGAUGUCGUCCCGGCCGAGUCGCGACGACACGGGGCCGGAGAUGCGGGCGGGGGGCGCGCGGCGGCCGCGGGAGCCGGCGGAACAGGAGCUGUUGCGGCGCCGGGAGCUGAAGCGGCGGCGCCGAGACGCACAGCAACUGCAGCAGCUGCAGCACCUGGAGUCCUUUUAUGAAAAACCUCCUCCUGGGCUUAUCAAGGAAGACGAGACUAAGCCAGAAGACUGCAUACCGGAUGUCCCGGGCAACGAGCAUGCCAGGGAGUUUCUGGCUCACGCGCCAACUAAAGGACUGUGGAUGCCCCUGGGGAAAGAAGUCAAAGUUAUGCAGUGUUGGCGCUGCAAACGGUAUGGUCACAGAACCGGUGACAAAGAAUGCCCUUUCUUUAUCAAAGGCAACCAAAAGUUAGAGCAGUUCAGAGUAGCACAUGAAGACCCCAUGUAUGACAUCAUUCGGGAGAAUAAAAGGCACGAAAAGGAUGUGAGGAUACAGCAGUUAAAGCAGUUGCUGGAGGAUUCUACCUCAGACGAGGAUGAGAGCAGCUCCAGCUCUUCUGAGUGUAAAGAGAAACACAAGAAAAAGAAGAAGAAGGAAAAGCAUAAGAAAAGGAAGAAAGAGAAGAAAAAGAAGAAAAAACGGAAGCAUAAGUCUUCCAAGUCAAGUUCGAGUUCAGACUCGGAGUGACAGGUCCCUCUGUGGUCUAAGCGGUCCUCUUACACCAAGCACUGGGAGAGCAGGGGGUGAAGGGACCAGAGUCACAGACCCAGAGGAGACACUGUCAUCAUGCUGUGGGGGCUCACUCCUUCCUGUGACCAGCUGACCCCCAGCAGGGUGAGUUAUUUUCCCAGGUGCUGCCUGGACAGUUCCAGUUCCAGGCUGGAGAGUGUCUCAGUGUUCUCCCUGAUGGUCCCUGGUGGUCACUGGGGUCAGCGCCUGUGGAAGGCUGCAGGGUGUAGGACAAGGGAACAGCCCCAGCCUUGCCCACCGUCCUGGGGAACUCAGUGCCCAUAGGCCUCUGGCUGGAUCCUUCUGUUGUUGAGGGUAAUAAAAGUUCAUGGUUUAUUUUUUAAAGUGUAGUCAUGUACUCAUGAACAACAUGGAACAACAUGUGGAACAACUUUCAAAGUUUUAACCCUGGACUCUUCAUUUCUAUCCCAGUUACUUCCCAGAGGCUCCCAUUCCUGCUUACAUUUG